GGCCUCCGGAGGAGGAAGACCACCAUCAAUCCUGACGUCGCCCAUGGCAGAAACCAGGCUGCUCCUCUUCUUCCUGCUCUCUGCUUCUAUCCUUCUCCAUGGCCAUGGGGCUUCAAGUGAAGCGCCAAAGGCACAUAUUGUAUACAUGGGAAGUUCGUUGAGUAGCAGCAACGAAAUUGAAGGAGAAAAUUAUGAGGAAGCGAAUCACCUGAAGUUACUGUCAUCAGUUAUUCCAAGUGAGGACAGUGCCCGGGUGUCAUUGAUUCAUGCGUAUAAGUACUCCUUAAGAGGAUUUGCUGCCAUGCUUACAACGAAAGAGGCGGACACAUUGUCCAAAUAUCCGGGAAUCGUAUCGGUUUUCCCUGAUCCAGUUCUUAAACUUCACACGACGCGUUCAUGGGACUUCUUGCAAGCCACGUCCGGCGAGGUGGGGGCAAAGCCUGCGACAGCGCCUGUCAAUGGAGACGUAAUAAUCGGAAUGAUCGAUACAGGAAUUUGGCCGGAGUCACCGAGUUUCAAUGACGCGGGGCUUGGGCCGAUACCAUCAAGAUGGAAAGGAACGUGCAUGGAAGGGCCUGACUACAAAGCAUCUAACUGCAACAGGAAGGUGAUCGGUGCCCGGUAUUAUAACUCAUUCGGGGUCGCAAAAGUCCCGGAGUCAAACGGGUCCAGUACGCUGAUGAGCUCGCCCAGGGACACAGUGGGGCACGGAAGCCACACCGCAUCGACCGCGGCUGGCAGCAUCGUGCACAACGCGAGCUACUACGGGCUCGGGCUGGGAGUGGCCAGGGGCGGGUCGCUGACAAGCCGGCUGGCAAUCUAUAAGGCGUGUUCGGAGGAGGGGUGUUCCGGGGCGAACCUGCUGAAGGGGAUAGACGAUGCGGUCAGGGACGGGGUGGACAUCAUCUCCAUCUCCAUCGGCAUCAGCUCCGUCUUCCAAAUGGACUUCGUCAGCGACCCCAUCGCCAUCGGCGCCUUCCACGCGACGCAGAGGGGAGUGCUCGUGGUCUGCUCCGGUGGAAACGACGGGCCCUUCCCCUUCAGUGUGGUGAACUCCGCGCCCUGGAUCUUCACCGUGGGCGCUUCCACCAUCGAUCGGGAUUUCCAGUCCACCGUCGUCCUCAGAAACGGACAAACCUUUCAGGGUUCUGCGAUAAGUUUCUCGAAGCUCAACCGUUCAAGACUGUGGCCUCUGGUGUUCGCCGGCGACAUCCCCGUCAGCCCCUCUUCACGUGAAGAAGCAAGGAAUUGUUAUCCUGGAUCACUGAACGCAGCCAAGGCAGCUAGAAAAAUAGUGGUGUGCCUGGAGGACGAUCCAAUUGUGACCAGAAAGGUGAAAAAGCUGGUUGUCGAAUCCCUUGGAGCCAAGGGAAUUAUAUUCGUCGACCAGCAAUCGAAGUCGUCGGCAUUGGAUGCCGGAGAUUUUCCAUUUAUCGAAGUCAACAGCUCGGUUGGAAACCAGAUUCUUGCCUACAUAAAUAGCACCAGGAAGCCGAGAGCGUCGAUCCUGACGAGCGUCGGCGUGCCAGGCGUGCGGCCAGCGCCGGUGGUCGCCUACUUCUCUUCUCGUGGUCCCGGUGGCCUCUCUCAGUCCAUCCUCAAGCCGGAUGUUGUAGCACCAGGAGUAAACAUAUUGGCAUCUGUUAUUCCAACAAACAUGACGGGACAAGUUCCCGCGGGGAAGAAAGCCUCCAUGUUUGCAAUCAAGUCUGGGACGUCCAUGGCUUGCCCCCACGUGACCGGUGCAGCUGCCUCCAUCAAGGCUGCUCAUCCUCACUGGACCUCCUCCAUGAUCAAGUCUGCACUCAUGACAACAGCCUCAACAAUCAACAACCUUGGAAAGCAAGUGACAAACACUUCAGGAAUAUCUGCCACUCCACUUGACACUGGCUCUGGAGAAAUACAUCCAACCAGAGCACUUGAUCCUGGCCUGGUCUAUGAAACACAUCCUCAUGACCACUUCGACUUCCUCUGCUACUAUGGCUACUCACAUGCUCAGAUCUCAUCCAUCUCAGGCACCAACUACAGUUGCCCAAGCAACUCUUCUGAAAUCCUAAUAUCCAAUCUCAACUAUCCCUCCAUUUCCAUCAGCAAGCUCGAGAGGCAAAAUUUCACCACUAGGAGAGUCUCUAGGACACUGACCAAUGUUGGUCCCAGCGUUGAUGCCAUUUAUACAGUCACUGUGGAAGCUCCCAAUUCAUUGAGUGUUGAAGUAACACCGCAGAAGCUCAUCUUCUCUGCAAAUGCCACAAGAUUGUCGUAUGAUGCAGAGUUCACUGUCAAGGGUGCAGAGACGGGAUAUCAAUUUGGUUUCAUAACAUGGUCAGAUGGUGCACAUGUAGUUAGGACUACAUUUGCAGUUAAUGUGGUAUAAAUGUAUCCCAGAAUUAGAUGAAAGUUAAAGGAGGCAAUGUGUGGUUGACAAUCAUCUGUGCAGAUGGAGAAGAAUUUUCACCACGACUAAUUGUACUGAUGUUCUGUUAUUGGAUUAUUUGGAGGAGGAAAACAAAUAUAGAAUAAAGGAAGAGCCGCAGAUCGAAGAUAUGGACAAGUUGUAGACUGUGAAGAAAUUUUUGCAUUUAUUUUUUGGUCUGACAGAUUUGAAGAAAGAAUUUGUGUUAGUUAUGUAGUUUUGCUGUUUGUGUCCGUGCUUCUGGAAGACCCUGUUCAGUGAUUUUUUCUUUUCUUUUUUUUUGGGCUUGUUUUCUUAAUGUUACGUUGUGUAACAUGACAUAAAUUCUGGGAUUAAUUUAUUAAUUCCAAUUACUAAUCUGAUUUUGAAUCCAUUUAUUUGGCCGAUUUA